AUGGCGGAUGUUACAAUUUCACCCGCACCACAAGGCUUACUGGAGACGACUCUAAUGCAACUCAACGCUAUUUUUGAGGAAUUCUGGCUGAAACUGAGUUGCAGACAGGCAGAGAUGGAGGGGAGGAAUGACAGCGGAGGCCCAUCGCACCACUUACAAACUAAAGCUAAGAACCCUACAUUGAGCCACGCACAGCAGAUCAAAUCUGCAAAUAUGAGCCGGAAAAGUACCAGGAAGAAGCCGCGAGCAUUGGAUGCUCGGAUCCGCUCAUGGUCAUCCCGUGUCUGA